AUGACUUCCGAAGAGAACAAAAUCAAGGCCAUGGAGAGAAGUAAAAUGAACUGCGAAGAUCCCAAACUGGCUAAGGAGGAAAUCACUCAGGCGAUGGCGGCAUCUAGGAAAAUAAGGCCCAAUCUAAUUUCCACAGGCGGAGAUAAUGAGGACGGUGCUGCCAGUCUUGUCGACAAUAGGAACCCGCCUGACAUGAUAUCCUAUCUCCUCAAACCAGAAGACAUCCCAUCUGCAGUUUUCCCAGCACGGUAUGAACUAGAAGCGACCUUCACUCCUGAAAACGCAGAUGAGGAAUUCCCAACUACCUUGCCAGAACUAGCGAAAAGCAUCUACCAGCAUUAUGAGUGGCGGAGGCUAUUCCCCGCGAAUAGAGCCAAAUAUGCUCUCCCUAAAACAGCUGAAAGUUCUUUCAUCACGGUAUUCAAGACGCGAGAACAGGCUGAGGGAGAGAUCAGAAUUUUUGGCGCUGAUAGAGGGGAUGAUGAAGGUGCUUGGUUCAUUUACCAGUUAUCUAUGGAAGCUGUGAAGAAGCCGAUGGUUCUUGAGGGUGAGGCUAGCUAUGAUAUUCUGAUGGAAGCCGGAUAUCCCGAAGAGAAUAUUGUGGAUAGAGGGGACACCGUGGCAUCAUUUCUGGUUUGGCAUGGAAUCGCGCAAGCAAAAAUCAACCAGAAAUGGGAGGUUACUCCUCAGAGACUCUGGGAGCUAGGCCUUAAUAAUGAAAAUUGCCUACUUGUGCGCUCAGGCAUCGAAAUUGGGGCUUUGAAGGUUGCCGAAUCUCGAGGAGUUGUUGUUUUGAAGCGUUACGCGGACGGUUUAAGAACGGAAUCGCCACCGAAGAUCGUGGAACAGGCGGACGACAAAAAGGCGAAGAGGGCGAAGGAAACCGUUGUCAUGAGAGAGAUCCUCGCGCAUACACCAACGGCGGCAAGUCGUCCGGAUCGUGUACAACAGUACUUGGUUUGCUGGGAAGAAGAUUCUGGGAGACGGACGACAAGUUGA